UUUGCCCAAGAGGGGCUGCUUCUGGGGAGGGGGUCGUGUGCUCUUUUUUCCUCCCCUUCCCCACCUGGUUGUGGAGCAUCAGGGCCCCUCCUCCGAUCUCUGGCUUUCCUGCCAAGCUGGAGUCUGCAACUGAGCCGCUUCAGGGGGCUGCCUUAUGAAACCCCCCCACCCCCGGGGUGGCUUCAGGCAGGGCAAGGGUGAAAAGACAUACUUGAUGCCUCCUCCGCCAUCUCCCGCGCUUGGCGAAAGGAAGAGAGCCGCCAUGCAACAAUCUCAGGGUGGGGUGUCCUUUGAAGAGGUGGCCGUGCAUUUCACCAAGGAGGAACGGGCCCUGCUGCGGCCGACCCAAAGGAUCCUGUACAAGGAAGUCAUGCUGCAGAACUUUCGGAAUGUGUCUUCUCUGGGUCCUCUGAUUGCUAAGCCCGAGCUCAUAUCCCAGCUUGAAGAGGAAGAGGAGGUGUUUCUUGGGAUCUUUGAUGAAGAGGAGGAACUGCCAGAGAUUGAAUGAGAUGUGAAUGUGGAAAUGGUGGCUGUAGAUCUGGAACCUAUGAAAACAGCCGGCUUCCUUGUACCAAGUCAGAUCACUUAUUCCCUGUCCACCCUGAGUGGCCGUGGCUCUGUGGCAGGGCGGUUUCCCAGUCACCUGAAACCCCUUUA